AUGGCGCUUCAAACAAUUGCUGUGGCCGUUGUGACGGUCGUGUACUUCCUCAUUCGCUAUUUCAAUCGGACUGACGUCCCCAAAAUCAAGGGUAUCCCAGAAAUCCCGGGUGUGCCUAUCUUUGGAAACCUAUUGCAAUUGGGCCAACAGCAUGCCACGGUGACGGCCAAAUGGGCGAAGAAAUUUGGGCCAGUUUUCCAAGUGCGCAUGGGCAACAAGCGAAUUGUGUUCGCGAAUAGUUUCGAUUCCGUUCGUCAGCUAUGGAUCAAAGAUCAAUCAGCUCUGAUUUCCCGCCCGAUGUUCCAUACAUUCCACAGUGUGGUCUCUACCUCGCAGGGAUUCACAAUUGGUACAUCACCUUGGGACGAAUCCUGUAAGCGACGACGUAAGGCUGCAGCUACAGCUCUCAACCGCCCUGCAACACAGUCUUAUAUGCCGAUCAUCGAUCUCGAAGCCAACUCCAGCAUCAAGGAACUGUACCGGGAUAGCAAAAACGGAACAUGCGACAUCAACCCCACUGCAUACUUCCAGCGCUAUGCAUUGAACACCAGUUUGACCCUCAACUAUGGAUUCCGCAUCGAAGGAAACGUGGAUGAUAACCUACUGAAAGAAAUUUGUGAUGUUGAGCGUGGUGUUUCGAACUUUCGCAGUACCUCAAACAACUGGCAAGACUAUAUCCCCUUGCUACGGAUCUUCCCUAAGAUGAACAACGAAGCUCAGGAAUUCCGUGCUCGUCGAGACAAGUACCUGACAUACCUAUUGGACAUGCUGAAGGCCCGUAUUGCCAAGGGUACAGAUACGCCUUGUAUCACCGGAAACAUCAUCAAGGAUCCUGAAGCUAAAUUGAACGAUGCUGAAAUUAAAUCUAUCUGCUUGACCAUGGUCUCUGCGGGUCUAGACACCGUACCUGGAAAUUUGAUCAUGGGUAUCGCAUAUCUCGCGUCAGAGGAUGGCCAAAGAAUUCAAAAGAGAGCAUACGAAGAAAUUAUGAGCGUAUAUCCCGAUGGCGACGCAUGGGAGAAAUGCUUGAUUGAGGAGAAGGUGCCUUAUGUCACAGCGCUCGUCAAGGAAGUCCUGCGAUUCUGGACUGUCAUUCCGAUCUGUCUGCCUCGAGUAUCUACCAAGGAUAUCACCUGGAAUGGCUCAACAAUCCCCGCUGGUACAACAUUCUUCAUGAAUGCCUAUGCUGCCGACUACGACGAGGACCACUUCAAGGAGGCCCACAAGUUCAUCCCCGAGCGUUACCUUGACCUUGGGGAGGCCUCAGGUACCCCCCACUAUGGAUACGGAGCUGGAUCCCGAAUGUGCGCUGGCUCACACCUGGCAAACCGAGAGCUCUUCACAGCUUUCCUUCGCUUGAUCACCGCGUUUGAGAUGAAGCCCGCUAAAGAGGCCAGCGAUCGCCCUAUUUUGGAUGCUAUUGACUGCAAUGCCAUCCCCACUGCUUUGACUACAGAGCCUAAGCCAUUUAAGGUUGGUUUCAUUGCACGUGAUCCUAAGAAACUGGAGCAAUGGAUCGCGGAGAGUGAUGAGCGGACCAAGGACCUGUAG